AUGCUACUACAGAAUUGGAAAAAGCUUUAAAUAGUUUUUAGAACCCCAAUUGAAUCAAAGAAGAAAAAGAAAUAAUAAGAAAAGCAAGUAAAUGUCACAAAAGCCAUAGAGGGAAUACUGAAUAUAGAUGUUACCUAUAGUAUAACAUUUAAGAAUAAGUAAGGUUAUGUUUAUUAAAUAUAUUAUAUAUAAAUAUGA